UGAUGCAUGGUGGUAUCCGACUUUCCUGAACCUUAGUACAAACGGCAUCUAGCACCUGCGAACGCUGCUUACCUCACGGCAUUAUCGUGGACUCUUCAGGAAAACGAUUCAUGAAUGAGACUCAGUCUUAUGGUGAUUGUGGACAGCAACAAUACAAGCGCAACAAAACUGUACUUGCAAUUCCAGCCUGGCUGGUCAUGGAUUCUCAGCCUCGCAAGAAGUGCUUCUUAUUGCGUGUGUUUCCUGGAAAGACCCCUGAAAGCGCUUUCACGGCGGGUCUUCCCAAGAAAGGCGCUUCUCUAGAUGAACUGGCAAAGGAAAUUGGCGUCGAUGCCAAAGGGCUCGAAUCUACGGUUUCCCAUUUCAACGAGAUGGUCGCCAGAGGAAAUGAUGAUGACUUCAGCCGCGGGAAGUCAUUCUACGACCAGCACUUUGGAGACCCAACCAUUAAACCAAUCCCAAUCUUGGGAACUUUGGAGGUAGGUCCUUUCUAUGCGAUUCAAAUCUGGCCCGGUGAUCUAGGCACGGAGGGGAGUCUGCCCACAGAUGAAUAUACGAGAGUAUUAAGAAAGAAUAGUAAGUAAUUCCAGGUACAGUCGGUCCGAUCCAAAAGCGACAAAACGGUCGCUCUUUUACGCCUAUAAUAACUUUUUAACCACAACCCUAAUUAAUGUAUACUAAGUAAUGCGAUUAUAGAAUAGAAGCAGGCGAAAAAUACCUAUUAAUUAGAUUUUUAAUAUAAUUUGUGGUUCAUUAAUAAUCGAGGCUUAAAGUGCACGGACCCUUUUUACUUUUUUGAUUUUCCCCCAUACAAAAC